AUGGAGCAAGCCAGCCCCACCAGGAAAAUACCCAGCAAUGUCAUCACAUGCCGGGCAGCUAUCGUCUGGACAGCAAAUGCCCGCCUGUCCAUUGAGGAGGUUAAAGUUGAUCCUCCAAAGGCUGGUGAAGUUAAAAUUAAGAUUAUAUCUGCUGGGGUCUGUGGUACUGACAGAAGAAAAAACAAAGUGCCACUUCCUGCCAUCUUGGGCCUUGAGGGAGCUGGGAUUGUGGAGAGUGUCGGACAAGGAGUAACUACCAUAAAGCCAGGAGAUAAAGUCUUAAUGUUUCCCCUUCCAGAAUGUAGAGAAUGCAUCUAUUGCCUCCACCCUAAGGGCAACUUCUGUAAGAAAGAGGAUAUUCUCUCUUCAACUGGAUUAAUGUUGGAUGGAACCAGCAGAUUUACCUGCAGAGGGAAGAAAAUCUAUCAUCUUUAUGGGACCAGCACAUUCACGGAAUAUACUGUGGUAGAUGAAAUUGCUGUAGCAAAGAUUGAUGAUGCCACUCCUAUGGAUAAAGUCUGUGUCACAAGUUGUGAAGUGCUGACAGGCUUUGGAGCUGUGUUUAAUACAGCACAGGUAACCCCUGGCUCCACCUGUGUGUUUUUUGGACUUGGAGGGAUCAGCUCUGCCAUUGUCAUGGGCUGCAAAGCUUCUGGUGCUUCCAGAAUCAUCAGAGUUGACAUCAAUGAGCAGAAGUUUCCCCGGGCAAGAGCCUUGGGCAUCACUGAUUGUCUUAACCCUAACAGGCUCAAGAAAUCUGUCGAUGAGGUGGUGAUGAAAAUGACCGGUAUUGGUGUUGACUUUGCCUUUGAGGCCAUUGGCCUUAUUGAAACCAUGGUGGAAGCUUUGAAGUCAUGGAAUGUGAGCUACGGAGUGUAUGUGAUCAUGGGAGAAGCUCCCUCAGGGUCACAGUUCUCUUUUGACCCAAUGGUGCUUCUCCCUGGGAGAACCCUGAAAUCCUCUGUUAUGGGAGUGAAGGACCCUCGAAGAGGUACUUUCGUAGAAGGAGACCCGCACCCAAGAAUCGGCGAAACCACGAACUUUGGAUGCAAAAGCAAGAGGUUUUAUUGA